AUGAGUGUGUUGACAAGAAUGUUGCAGUGCUCUCUCUUCAUCAUUCUCUCCAUCUCAUUUAAAGCACCAGCCUUUCAUUUUUGGUUUCCUGGACCUCCUGCAGCCUGCAUCAGCAUCAGCUGACAGUUCAGUCUCAGCAGGUUUCAACGGACAUCAGGAUAUUUCAGCCAUGGAGAAGAGCUUUGGUUCCCGGCGUCAUGGCAGCCUGAGUCCUGAGGGGAUUCUGAGGGAGAUCCAGGUCAACUUGCUGGAGUGUAAAGUCUGCUUUGAGAAGUUCAGCACUGAGCAUAGGGAGCACAGACCACAGAACCUUUCCUGUGGCCAUGUACUCUGUCUGGAAUGCAUCAAAGCUCUGUCCCACCCUCUCCUGAGGAAGCUGGAGUGCCCGUUCUGUCGACAGCUGUGCAGCGUUGACAGCACCUCCCACUGCCAGGCUCUUAGUGACCUGCAGGAGCUGCUGUUGUCCCAGAGUCACACAUCCCUUGCUCCCCCUCACAGCGCAAAGGCAGGCCUUGGCUUGGCUGCAGGUCUGACUUCCACAGCUCUGCACCUCUGCACAACUUUUGGAGGGUGGGGGACUCUUAUCAACCCCACUGGGCUAGCUGUUUUUGGUUCCUCAGGGACAAUAGUGGUGGUGCAUGAUGGAGAGAACAGGGUGGUGGUGUUCAAUCCCCAGGGCAGGAAGCUGCACAGUUUUGGGCGAAGAGGACGAGCCAGUGGGGAGGUCUGUUUCCCAGUGGAUGUGGCAGUGACUCCCUGUGGUCAUGUGGUGGUGACUGAUGCAGGGGAUAAAGCUGUGAAGGUUUUCACCUCCAGGGGGAACCACGUGUUGACAGUCAAAGACUCUCUCCAGAUGCCGUGGGGUGUGGACACGGACAGCUGUGGGCACAUCCUGGUCUCAGACGUCCAGGCCGGCACUCUGUCCCAGGUAAAAGUUGGCUAUGCUCAGGGUGUCACUCUGAAGCAUCAAACAGCCAUUACAGACCUGCAGCGUCCAAAAGCAGUGGCUUGCUGUUUGGUGACUGAAAACACUGCUGUGAUGGAGCAUUUAUCUGAUGACACAUAUCCACCAGGGAAGCUCCAUCACACGAGGCUGAGAGUAUUUACAAAAGACUUCCACUCCCUUUAUCAGACAGACAGCUUCAGCCUCACCCUGCAGUCCACAGUGAGGCUCAACAUGUCAAGUGUGGCCUUUGACAGAGAUGGAGAUCUGAUAGUGAUCGACUCCAAUCAGGGGAUGAUUUGGAGUUUGGGGAAGCUCCAGAGUGGCCCAGCCCUGACCCCACUUGUGGGAGACCACCUCAUCCGCCCAGCUGGACUGGUGUCAUUGAAAAACACGCUUGUCAUUCUGGACAGUGGAGACCACACAGUGAAGAUAUAUUCCACUAAUUCUGAUGCUGGACCCAUCAUAUAGCUCAUGUGCAAUCAGGCCUACAGGAAACUGAAAACUUAUCAUAUAAAGUGAUCUGAUGACCUAGCAGUAUUAUUUGUGUCAAGUCUUACAUAUAAAUGACAAAUGUGAAUAUAAUAAAACCAGUGAUAUAGGCCUCUGUAUGUUUAGUCAUGCUGAAAUUAGUUUAUAUGCAUAUUUACGACAGUUGUGCAAUGAUUAAAGGGAUAAUAAAAGAAAAAAAUAUAUGAUACAUAAACUGUCUAUUUCUUAUGUUGCUGUUUUCUUGUGAAAUACUUUACUUUCACCUUAUGGAGCCACAAAAUCCUUCAAAUGAAAAGAAAAAAUCACUCUUGGUUGAACUGCUCACAAUAUGUCACAAGACCGUGAACCUGUGAUGAGGGGUCAAACAAAUAGAAAUAACCUACUUUCUCAAGCCACACUAUCUAUAAAGCAGAUACUGAGGUCAUGUCUUUUCUUUUUUUAUCAUUCCACAGUUACGUAUGAUGGAUUUUAAAAGGUCCUCAAAGAUCUUUAAGUAGCUUUUUUAUUUUUUUGUACUUUAUUGUUUCAAGCCUGUUUUCAUAUAUACAGCUUAUUUUCUUUUUAGUUUGCAGUUCAUCAUAAAGAAAUUUUCUGUCAGAGUCAAAGGGAAAAUAAAUUAAGUAAAACACUGAAUACAAUCACAGUAUAAUUACGACAGAGGGAAAAAAUGAAUAACUAAACAGUUGAGGAGGUGUGGGCUAAUAAGGUAAUUAGCUAGUUUGAUUAUUUUUAGGGGGUAUGAGUAAUAACCUUAUAAACAUACAAGCUAAGUGUAAGAAAAGUGAAAACGGAAACAGAAAUUUAAAAUUGGAUACAGGUUGGGUGAAGAAAAAAUCAAAACAUAUAACAAAAAUAAUAACAAUAAUAAUAAUAAUAAUAAUACAUUUCUAAAUUUUUGUGAUAUUACAAUCUUUUUUAAAAAUAUUUUUUUGUGGUUGGGUGAAAAUGAUAUAAUCUGUGCUGAAGGUGGUUUGGGCGACCUUCCUGCCCUCAGGAUUUCUAAAAAAUUGGCAACACAUUUUUAAAGGUCCUCAAAGAUCUUUUAUUAUUUUUUAGGGGGUAUGAGCAAAAAACCUUAUAAACAUACAAGCCAAGUGUAAGAUAAUUUAAAA